AUUUUUUUCCAGCCGAUUGAGGGCCAGGGCUACACGUUUACAAGUACGAAAAGGGGGAUCGGCUUGUGAAUCUGGACUCAUUAACUCCACUCAAAGCGACAAUCAAGGCUGGAGAAAAACGGGACGACAAGAAUAGCGGAUCCACCAUUUAAAAAAAUAAAACUAGAAGAGAUAACGGGCUUGCAUUAAGAAACAAAACUAUAUAUUAUUAACUAGAAAAUGAUCUGCAAGUUGCAUUUAAUGAUUCUCCUCCAGGCACUUUUGAUAAGUUUCGUAGCAUGUAAUGCUCCCCCGGUACCUUUAGAUGACAUAGUUAUUGAGAAGACCUCAAUCCCUGAGGAAUGUGUUAGGGCUGUACAAUCUGGUGAUUUCGUUAGGUACCACUAUCACGGCACUUUCCCCGAUGGCAAAAAGUUUGAUUCCAGCUAUGACAAAGGCUCAACUUACAACGUGUAUGUGGGAAAGAGGCAGCUCAUCGAGGGAAUGGACAAGGCCCUAGUCGGCAUGUGUGUGAACGAGAGGCGGCUGGUUAAAAUCCCACCCAAGAUGGCCUAUGGCAAGGAUGGAUAUGGAGACACCAUCCCUCCCAAUUCCAUUCUCCACUUCGACGUGCUGCUGCUGGACAUCUGGAACCCAGAAGAUAAAGUUCAGAUAAAAACGUACUACAAGCCUGAGAACUGCGGGCGCACCAUUGAGGUCUCCGACUUUGUGCGCUACCAUUACAACGGCACCUUGCUGGAUGGGACCCUGUUUGACUCCAGCUACACUCGCAUGCGCACCUACGACACCUAUGUAGGAAUUGGCUGGCUCAUCGCUGGCAUGGACCAAGGGAUGCUGGGAAUGUGUGUGGGAGAGAAACGCAUCAUCACCAUGCCACCUUCCCUGGGCUACGGAGAGAAUGGAGACGGCAGUGACAUUCCUGGCCAGGCCUCUCUGGUGUUUGACGUUGUUUUGCUGGAUCUCCACAACCCCAAAGACUCCAUCACUGUAGAGAAGCUGGAUGUCCCUGAAACCUGUCCGAGGAAGAGCAAAGUCGGGGACUUCAUCAGAUACCACUACAACGGGACUCUUAUGGAUGGGACUCUCUUUGAUUCAAGCUAUUCUCGGAAUCGCACCUACGACACAUACAUCGGUAAGGGCUAUGUCAUUGCUGGGAUGGACGAGGGCUUGCUAGGCGUGUGUGUCGGAGAAAAGCGGCGGGUCACCAUCCCGCCUCACCUGGGUUACGGCGAAGAGGGCACAGGCACCGAGAUUCCAGGCUCUGCCGUACUGAUCUUUGAUAUUUACAUCAUCGAUUUCCACAACCCCUCCGACACCGUGGAGAUCAAAACCUUCUUCAAACCCAGCAAGUGCGACGUCCUCAGCAAGAAGGGAGACUUUGUGAAGUACCACUACAAUGCCAGUCUGAUGGACGGCACUCUCUUAGACUCCACGCACAGCUAUGGAAAAACAUACAACGUAGUGCUGGGCUCCGGGCAGGUUGUCCUGGGAAUGGACAUGGGUCUGAAGGGCAUGUGCAUUGGGGAGAAGCGCACUCUUGUCAUCCCACCUCACCUGGGCUACGGAGAGAGGGGAGUUGAAGGGGAGGUGCCGGGCAGUGCUGUGCUAGUGUUUGAUAUUGAGAUGAUUGAUUUGGAGGAGGGACUCCCCGAUGGCUACAUGUUCAUCUGGAACAGUGACGUCACCCCUGAUCUCUUCACCGAAAUGGACAAGAAUCUGGAUGGACACGUUGAUCCCGUCGAGUUCUUGAAUUACAUCAACCAUCAGGUGGCGACUGGGAAAGGCAAGCUGGCUCCAGGCUUUGAAGUCGGCAAAAUCAUCGACAACAUGUUCUCCAAUCAGGACCGCAACAGCGAUGGGAAGAUCACAGCUGACGAGUUCAAACUGAAGGAUGAGGAGACCAAGCAGCAUGAUGAACUGUAAUAACGAGAGACAGUAGAGAGGGGAUGGGAGUGGAGGCGGGCGCGUGCAGGGGCUGUAUCUGUUUUUCAAUCCAUUUUUAUACAACACUUAAAGGAUCAAGGAAGGUUUUUUAUGAAAAGUGUAACAACUUUGUCAACAAAGUUUCCAUUCGUUCAUCUGUUAUUAGAUGAAGUAACAUAUUCUUCAUUAUCUACUGACCGUUUGGAACUGGUCUCUGCCAAGAGGUUUAUCUGUUGAGUGGACUUACUCAACUGGAAAGGGAUGGAAAUAAGGACAUUAGCCACAGUCUACAGGUAAGAAGCUAAGGUAUGUUUUAUUAACUUGUAGUAAAACCAGGAAUGGAUCAAACUGCUCUGCAUGUACUUAUUUCCAUCCUUGCAGAAAGAAUCUGUGUUGUGUUGAAGCAAUUGCUUGGAAGUUCUAGUGGCUACAAAGAUAAGGUGAACAUCUUUUGUGUAAACAGCUGCAAAAACAAAACUAAUCUAAAUUGUUUAAAUGUGGCGUUUGCUCCUCUAGUGCUUUUUGAGAGGAUGGCAAGGAAAGCAGUAACUAUCGAUAUGAGCAACCUUUGUUUUUUUCCAGUUAUUCAAAAAAGGCCAAGAGAACCAGGUACCCAACCCUGGAUCUUAUUUUCAAGUUCAUUUAAAAAAAAAAAAGUUCAAUUUUGGAUUUACCUCUCUGUGCCUUUUAGUAGUGCGUGUUGUCGACGUAGAAAGAUUUUUUUUUUUUUUUUAAAGCACUGCACGUUUCAUAGCGGCGAUUUUAUCUUUUGUGAAACACUUCUACCCAGUCUUGUUACCCUUUCAAGAGUAAGUAGCAGGGUUCUGAAAAAAUAUAGCGUUACACAUCCCUGUGUUGCUAUAACUGUUUAAAUAACAUACC